CAAGCCGACCGUCGUGUUAACAGGUAAACGUGCGCGCGGUGCACGAAGCGCGUGUCUGCCAGAAGAGGAGGCCUGCGUGCGGACGGAAAAAGGAGACGCCACUCUCGCGCGCACGGACGGAGCAACGAUGUUACGCCGCGAGAGAAGCGCCGCCGACGAAGACACACAAAGUUGUACCUGAUACAUUGGCAAUCGGAUACGUACGUAGUCUAUCGAUCGUCACGGAAAUCAACAACUCCGCGUAUCCGUGGCAACCUGACGAAUCAGAGAUCGACAGAGACAACUGUCGAGUUGCAGUAAUUGAACGUGAUUGGCAUGCUCUCUUCGCGAGAUCCAACGAAUCCGGUUCGAUUGCUACUCAAGCCGCUGUUCAGGCCGUUGUCUCCGCCGACGAACGCAGACGAACGAACAGCGACGACGGUAACCUGCAGCGCACGGUGGUAAUCUUCGGAUCGCUCCCGCAUUCGUUAUCAUGGGCAACGAGAAGGUAGAUAUAAUUAGCAUCGCUAAGAAACCCGAGAGGAAAACUUUGCUGCAGAAGUACGACAUACCGAUCGACCAUCUCUCGUACGAAUUCAUAUCGCAGUGCACCGAUGGGAGAAAACUGGAGCAAAUCGUUCUCAUUUUGCGUUCUGGCGAAGAAGGGAUAUAUCCAGAUUUGACGAAGCAUGCGGAGAAACGUCUUGCCGAGAUUAAACCGACAAGCGCGGUUUUGCACACGGUCGAGCCAGUUUUGAAACGAAAUAUGUUAGACACGGAUGAGCGACAGGAAAUCGACGAGGACAUCGGCAACUGGACGCGCGACAUGCGAUCUCGCGAGAAAGAUUUGGACGAGGGAAAAGCCACUCUCAUCAGCGAUCCUAGCUCGCAGCCGGAAAUUCGAAAACCGAAUCUCGUAAAAAAAGAUAAAAAGACGACGGUGAAUGAGAAAAAGCGCGAUAAGCCGAAACGAAUAGCCUCGUGCGACUACGCGGCUUGGGAUAAAUACGACGUCGACACGGAAAUAAACAGGAUAGACCUGCGGAACGAGCAGCGGCAGACCGAAAUAAAGAGGAUCCAGGAAUUGCGAAAGGAGCAGGAUGAGAGGAACAAGACGACGGCGCGCAAAACGACGGUCGAUAAACUUUCGUUAACCGGUACGGAGGUAAACGUGAUGGCGGAGCGAGAGAGAGAAAAGGGAAACGAGGCCUUUAGAGCGGCCGAUUACGAGGAAGCCCUUCGGCAUUACGACGCCAGUAUCGAGAUGGAUUCGAAUCUAAACGCUCGCAACAAUCGCGCCAUGACGUUCAUAAAGCUGCGGCGUUACGAGGACGCGCUCAAUGAUUGCAACACGGUAAUUAGUAGGGAUUACAAAAAUGUCAAAGCGCUCCUUCGCCGAGCGGUAUCUCUGGAGCAUCUCGAGAGGACGCACGAGGCUCUGGCCGAUUACGAGGCUGUUUUGAUACUGGAACCGACUAACAAAACGGCGAUAUCCGGCGCGAACAGGCUGAGAAAACCGUGCGAACGAAAGAUAAGGAUGAAGAUCGCCGAGGAAAACAUCAUCGAUGGCGAAGACAAGGCCGAGCAAAUAAAGUCGGAGACAACCGCGGAAACGAACAACGCCGCGUGUUCGAGGCAGCGUGUUAACAGCAAUAUAUGUUAUUGCGACAGAGCGCCGGGCUCGUCGCGAAGUAUUGCAACGAAACCGCACUUAAAAGCGAGUUACUGCGUGGAAGCUGAAAGCAACAAAGCAACAGCGGCAGCGGAUGCCGUGGCAAAUAAAAGCAAGAAGAGACCAACGCGCGACUCUUCGAGCGGUGGUAAUAAAUUAUCACCUGUUGCAAAGGAUUUCGGCGACGGUUAUAAAACGACGAAGCGAGACGCCGGCAGCGGCGACGAUGUUUUCGCGACUUCUCGCGAGUCACUUCCCAAAUCGCGCGGCGCACAAGGCGCGAGUUUAGAAAAGUCUAUUUUUUCGUGCGUAUUCGCACCUCGCAAAGCAAAAUCUUCCACGGUCGUCAUCGAGGAGCUUCCUCCGUGCGACGAUCACCAGCCGACGACCGACAAUAACGUCCGAGCAACGAACAAGAGCGAAAAACCGAAGAAACUCGACGAUUCGAGAGCGGAAGCGAGACCGGAAAUAAAAAGAGAGACGACGAUGAAGUCGAAUGUGGAUAUUAAAAAUGAGAAAUCAAUUUCUUCCGAUAAGAAGGCGAAUUUAAGGGCGAAAAAGAAACUUGACCCAAUCAAAGAUUGUCAAAGGAAAAACAAAACUUUAGAGACGGAUAUUCAGAACCUGCAAAGUAUCGAGUCCCCUUACGAAUUUCUGCGUUUGUGGCAGUCUCUGAAAGACGAUACGGACUUGAAGUUGCACGCGAAACUUCUGCGAUGUGUGGCGCACGGAGAUAUGAAUACAAUUAUAGGUAAUAAAUUGGACGGGACGAUGUUCAGUCUGAUCCUGCGUUGCCUGGAGCAACAAUUCUGCACGUCAAAAGACAGAGAGUUGCUUAUGGAUUUACUGUUAUCUUUGAGUCGAGUUAGUCGAUUUUCCAUCGUCAGGAUGUUUAUGGAUUCCGCGGAUAAAAAAGCUGUGGAAAAUAUAUUACGUUUUCUGAACCAAUCAAGCAUACGUACGCCAUAUUUGUCUUACUUGAAAAAGUCGUUUGCAGUUUAACAUUGAUUUUAUAUAUACAAUAUAUAUAAAGCAAAAUUAUCUUACAUUCUAGAUUUAAUUAAAAAUAAUUGCU